CAAAAAAGUGUGCAGCCAUGUCAUUAAAAUUUGUGGAAGUCCUGCUGGUCCUCUUCAUGGCCGCUUUGGGACUGGUACACGCUGACUUGGACUGUCGAAUGGAGUCGGUUGAAAAGGUACUGGGCGACGAGGAAACACUGGUUGAUUUCGACUUUCGGUUGAUUGGACGGGAGCGCCUUUUAAAUGGCACAGUUACAGUUCACGUGGAAUUGGAUAAUGAAUUCGAGUUUUCCCACGAAAUAUUUUCCCAUCGAAAUGGAGAAUGGGUGCCCUCUAGUAUUGGCGUUCACUACAAAACCUGCCUGUACAUGUCCGUCAUUUACGACAAGUAUUUUGCGCCAUUCCUCACGGACUCGAACCUUCUGAAAGGCAAGGAUGCCUGCCCAUUCAAAAAGGGCAAAUAUUACCUUAAAAAUAUCGAGGUAACUGGCAGUAACUGGGCUCAUUACGCCAGGCUGGGCUUGGUCAAAUCAGUACUGCUCAUCAAAAAGAACGAUCUCAUAGUCGGGGGAGUGAAUUGUGUCGUAGUUUUACAAGAGAAAGGCUUCUAACAACAUUACCAGCGCCUAAUUCCCGCAAGCUAAGUGAUACUUACGAGUGAAAAGUUGUAAUUUUGUGCUCUGUUUACCAGUGUUAUAAAGAUACAUCAGUUUUCAAAUAAAUUGGAUCUGUUAAAUGUGAA